GUUCACACAAUCGUUUCUGUUUUUUGGCAAAUGUCCCACUAGUUUAAAGGAAACCGUCCUGAAAUAACAAUAUUGAAUUUUUUUUUAGCUCAAACGUCAGAAAGUCUGGAGAAGUCAGUCAAAUGAAAAUCACUCUGAUGUUCCCAAAUGUAAUUACUACGACAUUAUCUUGUUUUCCUGGAUCAAUGUUAUGUCGAAAGUCUCGAGUGCAUUUAUCUCUUAGCACUCGAUCUGACAAGCCUUUGUCACAUGAGGUUCUUUUCAUCUUACUAUGGGAUGAUGUGUCUGCGCGACUUAAACAGUGUCAGAUGCCGUUGUCUUUGCUUCUUGUCUGCACGCCUUCUACGAAGCAAAUACCUUGAGAGAACCAGGACGAUGUCAAAUAGAGGAAAGAUAAAGCAGUGAUUCUCAUCUGGCUGAAUUACUGCAAUGAAUGGUAACACUAUCCAUCCAGCCAACACCACAAGCACAACAGCUGGGGGCACUGGUGUGGCAGCACCCCCAAGUGGCUGGAGAGAGUUUUGUGAGCUUCACGCCAUCGCCACGGCCCGGGAGCUUGCCGGACACUACCGGAACUUCGCCAGAGAGCAUCCUCAACAUGACGUGCUCCCGCCAGAAACCUUCUCGAAGCAGUUCACCAACCUUUUCCAGCAGCACUUCAGCUGUGAGGUGGGCAAAGAUGGCGUGCUUCUUCAGCCGACCACAUGCGCAACUGCGACAAAUCCCCCCAACGCUCCUUUGGACACUCCCCUUUCGUCACAGACUAUGACAGGCCGUUCACGAAUUACGUCUUUGUCAGGUGUGCAGGAUUAUCGGGAAGCUGGCCGGCCAAUAGGGGGAGCUGCUUUGUUUACCGUUGUAGCGCCAAAGUUAGAGCCGGUCGUUGUGAGUCGGGAGCAGGAGGAGCCACUGCGAUGCCCCGCUGGAAACUCUCUACCAGGAAACCCCGUGUUGCUCCGGGGCUUUGGCAGUGGGUCGCUAAUGAUCCACAGUCGAAGUACCGACAACAUCUCUGCCUCGGGGCAACGACCCGUUUCUGAACUGUACUCGUCUGACUCCUCAACCUCUAACUCUGUACAUGCUGACAUCACACACUUCUCUGUCAGCCAAAUUCGACAAUCUGUUCGGAGACUUUUUAAAAAGCGCCCCCUUCCUAGCUCCCCGACCCAGCAGGACCUAUCCUCAUCGACCCCAGGCAACAACACCAGCUCCCCAACCACCGGAGACAGAGAACUGUCAUCCUCAUCGUCUUCCUCUCACUCCUCCACGUGUUUGACCUCUGAAGCCCCGCCUCCUGCCUCUUCACAAUUGUCUGGAGUAGCGUCGAACUUACUGGAUCGUUUUUGGCGGUUUCGUGGCAGCAGCAUGAGACAGAGGAGGUCGGAGGCUGGUGGCUGCUGUAAAGAGGGGCAUCUGAGGUACUUGCUGGUGAAUGACACUAUUUCAGACUCUCAGCCUCGCUGGCAACGCUGCCGCCUGCUGGUCAGGAGGAUCAGUGACGCUGACGUUGCAGAAAGUGAAGGAGUGAGAGGACGGGAGAGAUAUCAGCUAGAGCUCUAUGAUCCUCCAAAGGCCUCCAGUCCCAAGCUGAGGACGCACUGCUCUGAUAUCCAAGAGGUGCGGCGCUGCAACCGGCUGGAGAUGCCCGACAACUUAAACACAUUUGUUUUAAAGGUUAACCAAGACAGUCUGAUAUUUGAGACCGACAACGACCAGCAGGUCAGCUCCUGGACCACGGAGAUUAAAGAAUGUAUCAGCAACAGGUGCCGCCCACCUAGAGAGGCUGGAGGUGGAAAUGACGUGGCUGGCAGGAGUUUGGAUGUGGCUGGCAACACAAGGUCGGUCAGUGUGGAUCUGGAGCCCCUCCCCGUGACAGCAGACCCUUCCGUCCCGGCCGGUCACCGAGGGACGUCAGAGUCCGGGAGUCAGACAUCCAUCAGCCUUGCUCUGCCAGAGCAGGUCACCCAGAAAACAUAUCACUUCCUCUUCUCCUACCCCUGGUUCCACGGCCCCAUCUCCAGGGUCAAAGCCGCCCACCUGGUCCAGAGCUCCGGGCCACAGGGACACGGCGUCUUCCUGGUCCGCCAGAGCGAGACCCGUAAAGGCGAUUACGUCCUCACGUUCAACUACCAGGGAAAAGCAAAGCACCUGAGGCUCUCGCUCACAGAGUGGGGUCAGUGUCGAGUGCAACAUCUCCGCUUCCCCUCCGUCAUAGAUAUGCUCAGUCACUUCCGCCUCUUCCCCAUCCCACUGGAGUGUGGCGACGGUGGCGCCGUCACCCUGUCCAGCUUCGUCGUGGCUGGGUCCGGCCCGCCGCCGCAAGGUCAGGUGUCCGGCGCCCUCCUGGUCCCUUUCUCUCUCCACCGCUGGAACUCUGAGCCCAGCUUGGCUCACUGGAGUUUGUCCCGCAGCUCCUCUCACCCCUCGUCCUCGUCCUCGUCCUCCCCCACCAGCAGCACCACUCCUGCCCUCCUGCCCGCUCAGCGCACCACCAACCCACCACCACCGCCGCCUCCUCCUCCUCCGUCAGCCACCGCUCCUCUGCGGCGGAGCGAAUCUGUGGGACGGAGGCCGCAACUGCGGCAUGGCCACCCGCCCAUCAGUGCCUCCAGGGACUCGGACUAUGAGCUGGAGCCGGAGCGCAGCCGCAAGAGGGCGAUAGAGAACCAGUACAUGUUGCUCUAGCUAAGCUACACAUGCCAACUCACACACACCAGUGAGUUCGCCAGCGUCCCACUCUGGCACGUCGAUCACAGCGAGUCCAGAGCGACAGGCUUCUGUCAGGUCGAACCUUGUAGAACAAAAGCUUCUGGAGUGUUGAUUUUGAGCGAGAAGGUUCUGCAAUCCUGUGGAGCCGAAGACACACAAAUGUUCUGUCGCGUUUUGUGUAUUCAUCUCGCUGGGCUCCUCCCAAACAGCGGAGAGCGAAGCCGUAAUCUGCCCAAAGUGCCCCAAAGUCCAGCCAAAGAGCCGUCAUGGAGUGAUACUGUAUGUGUGUAGAAUUAUUAUUAUACUUUGGAAAAAUGACAAUAAACACAAUACUUAGAUCUUAAUACCUAAAAGCACUUAAACACUCCACCCUUUAAGCUACCGAUAUUCCUCCGUGGUCGCCGUCAGUGUCACGUUUUAGCAUUAAGCUCUGUUGGAGAGUGACAAGUGCCUCGGUCAGCAGCAUUUCUAACGUUUGUAGCAUUAAAAGUUCUGUGUAUUUUUCUACCACAGCCACAGACAUUUGCGAUACACUCUAGUUUUUAUGACUUCCUGUCCGUGUUUCAGAACCGCGUCCAGAUGUUUUCUCGCGGGACUCCGCAGAUGUUUUUGUCGACUAACGUCACGCCUCCGCAGACGGAGCCCAAGCUCAUUUAUCUUCUUCUCUUUCUCCCAAAGCAGCCAGCAGACUCAGUUGCGGGGGCGGAGCUAGCUGUCACCAUGGCAACAAUAUUUCAUGAAUGUGUAGCGGCGAGCGGAACAUCUGCCCUGUGUCAGUUAGCAUUCCCAAGUCUGCAGCAAGUGGUCAGUGGUCAGUAGCUGUCAAGUGGUCCAAGGAAGGAAGAGAGACCUGUCAGUGUUUGUGUGGAACAAGUCGGUGCUUAUGUUGGUCACUUGUUUGAGGGCACAGGGAUCCUUUCACAGAGCGAGUCCCGACGUGGAGAGUCGAACCUGACCACAGUGAUUCUAAGUGAAGUUUGAUUCUUACCGGAGACGAUAGGUUCAGGACGAACCCGUGUGUUCCCUCUGGGAACUCUGGUUUCCUCCUAUAGUCGAAAAACAUGCAGUGAUGACUCUGUGUAUGUGUGUGUGUGUGUCUGUCUCCCCUCUGAUCGACUGGUGACCUGUCCCCACCAAGUAGCUGGGUCAGAGUCCAGCCCUGUGGUCAGGACUCAGUGCACAAAGUAACAAUAGCGAAGAAACUAAAGAUGGGGUGACUCUGAGAGAGUCGUGACUCGAGGGUUGUUUUAUGGAGUGAGUGCAGACGCCAGGUUGUAUUGAGGUGGGACCACUGGGUUGAUGCUGACCACUGCAGCACCGCUGGACUUCAUCUGAACUUCAUGCUGAACAUGAAACAGGCUCUUGAUUUGAUCCCCAGAAGGCCACAGUGGGUGGAGGCUUUUGUUCCAACCAAUAGCUCGACACCUUUUCACCAGUCAGCUGACUGGUCCAUCCGGUGUGUGCUAGUUUGGUUGGAACAGAAACGUAAGUGGAUCAGUUUGUGAGCUCUGCUGUGAAAUCAAUAAAUCUGAUCCAUAUUGGUUUUUACUGUAUUUUAAAUAACGUCUAAAUGUCCACCAAAUAUUCAGACACUUCUUUUUUGUCUGCCAAUUAUUCUAAAUAGACUUGUGUCAGGGAUGAGGAUCAGCUCCUCUGUUUUUGGAGAACUAAUGGAAUGUUUAUUUUGGAGCUCAGUUCUAGUUGGACAUGAUUAAAGUAAAUGAGAAAAAGAGCUGAGCCAGAAGGCCUCGCAUGGGGUCAUGAAUCGUCUCUCACAUGUUCCAGUCAGAACGUGUGCAGUUUGUUUUAGAGUUGGAUGGAGAUAAGCCACAAGGUGUUGGAUGGAAUUCUGCAGACUCAGCAAUAUCAGAGCGAGUGUCUGGAGACGGCUGAGCGUUGCUCCAGUUGCUCCUCCGCAGGAAAAGAAGAAGAUAAAUAAAUGACCUGAAGUGCCUUUUCAAUUUGACUUCUAUUUAAAACUCUCCCCAAAAAUCGUUCCACCUGCUCAGCUACAGUUUGCGUCCGGGUGUGUCGAGCUCAGCUAACACUAACUCAGCAGUGGAAGAAUGAACCGCCACUUCCUACGUUUCAGACAGCAAUAAAUCCAAAUGGUUUCGUCCUUCAUCAUCAUCACCAUCAUCAUCAUCAUCAUCGUCUGGUCAUUGUCCUUCGCGCGUUUAAAGGCAAAAGUACGGUUGCUCUACAGCGCCCUCGUCUGUCUGCCAAAAGAAAAGCAACGGUCUGAGUGUUAUGGUUUUUGUUUGUCAAGUUCGACUGUACAUUUGCCACAAAGCUGCUGCUGUUUCCCCACGAACGCCAGCGAGUCACGCAGCUGCUUCACAGCGCCAAAGAAUCAAGAGUAAACGGCUCAGGAGCUUCUCGCUCCUCUCCGCGCGUCAGUUGAAUGUAACUCGUCGUCCAUACUGUUGAUUCUCUUCCAAGUUCGCACUGUAAACAUUCCACUUCUGCGCCAGCCUCAAGCCCCGCCCCCUCCCCUGCACCGACCAAUGACAUGAGCUUUUGUUUGCUGUCAGUCUUAGCGUUUCUAAAUUAUAGUAAAACUAUAUCUACUGUUUAUUUGACUUUUGUAAAAAUAAAUAAC